UGCACGAGAUAGAAAUGAACUCGUACCUGUUCCACAGGAAGCAGCACUGACUGGACUACACUUAACUGUAGUGUACAACGGGCAGCAAAAACGACUUCAGGCUGGGCAACGAUACGCUACCACGGAGAAGAAAACUCCAUCCACCCAGGGGGAAAGUCGAGAAGGAGGCGAAGCCCUGCAACACGGGAGCGACCAUGGUGGGUGAGCGCCGUAACGGCAACCUGCUGGUUCAGCUGGGCCCGAAGCAGCAGGCUUACCCAGAGGAGCUCAUCCGUCAGAGGAGGACUCAUGACGGCCAGACGGAGUACCUGAUUCGCUGGAACCUGCUGGCUGUGGAUGAUAGCAGCAGCUCGGGUGGCAGCAAUGAGGCGGGCGGUGGCAGCGGAAACAGUUCGGGUGUCGGCGGGUCUGGCGGGUCCACGUCAGGAGAAAGCAAGACCGAGAGCAUCCUAAUGUGGAUGUCCACAGAGGAUGUAUAUGCAAACUGCCCCACUCUGCUAGGAAAACGAAUGGCAGACUCCCAAAGGACUCUGCUGGAGGAAGAAGAGCGACCCAGCGGACAGUUCCCCACCAACGUCACCUUCGAUGAGGGCGAACUGUCGGACAUGAAGGAUGACGUAAAGAAUCUUGUUCGGCGCGCGAGGAAGCAGAUGGCCAAGAACAGCGACUUCGGUAUAAGCAUCACACAUACCAUUCAUGUGUUGAGCGCCUAUGCAAGCAUCGGCUCUUUGGUAGGAGUCUUCAAGGAAACAGGCGCUCUUGACCUGCUUAUGGAACUGCUUUGCAACAAAGAACGACAGACUAGACGCAGCGCUGGCAAGAUGUUGCGGGCCUUGGCCUCUCAUGAUGCCGGCAGUCGAGCCUAUGUGCUCCUGUCCCUCAGCCAACAGGAUGGAAUUGAACAGCACAUGGACUUUGAUAACCGCUACACCCUGCUGGAGCUUUUUGCAGAGACCACCUCCUCUGAGGAGCACGGUAUCUCCUUUGAAGGCAUUCAUCUGCCCCAGAUUCCAGGCAAGCUGCUUUUCUCGCUGGUAAAGCGCUACCUGUGCGUCACUUCACUGAUGGACAAACUCAAUACGGCAGGGGUGGAGCCUACCUCUGAUCGACAGGAAGUCGGCCCCUCCUCCUCCUCCACGGCUGCCUUUCAAUCAGAAAAUGCACGCGUGCAGAGGGAGUUUGAGUUCACCAUGGCCAUGGCCAACCUCAUCUCCGAGCUGGUCCGAGUUAUGGGCUGGGAUCGCAAUCGCCAGUCACCCCUCACCUCCAGCUCAGCCAGAUGUAUGGAGAACAUAAGUAACGAAACCCAGAAACACCCGUCUCGCUCCAUCUUUCAGUCGCGCUUCUCCCCUUCAUCUUCAAUCAUGGUCCCAGCUGCAAUGGCCACAGUCACACCACCCAAAAAGAAGAAAACUGCAAACGGUUUCAAGACGCGUUCUGACUUCACAUCGCGCUCGGCUUAUGUGGAGUAUGUGCAGGACAACUUAAAGAGCGGCAUGAUGGUCCGUAUGCUGGAGGACUAUGAGGAGGUCAGUUCUGGGGACGAAGGAGAAUUUCGCUACAGUAACGACGGUUCGCCGCCUGUGCAGGUAUACUGGAACUCUUUAUCCAGGACAUACUGGGUUCACUGGCACAUGGUUGAGAUCUUAGGAAAUGGCAGUGGUACUCAAUCAGAGAAGGAGAGUCAGGAAAAGGCCUCGUCCCUUACAGAGACACUCAAACUCACUACAGUGAGUCAGACAUUCUUCUCAAAGCCCCCUGGAGGACUUUACUCACUGCCGUACCUGAUGGAGAGCCCUCGGGACGACACAGAAACCCUAAGUCGAGCUGAGUGGUGGGAGGUGCUGUUCUUUAUCAAGAAGCUGGAGUCUAAGCAGCAGCAGGAGGAGGUCAACGGCAUCCUAAGGCAGAGCCUCGAUGAACCGAUGGUGGAUCUGGAUGAAUCUACUCUCAUCCAGCUGUCUCUUACGAGCGAGGUGGCGCAGAAGGUUCUUCAUUACCUGAGGCAGAAAUUGCAGGCCUCCUGUCUAACCGACCUACUCUGCUCACAUACUUUCACCAAGCAUUACCUAAGCCGUGGGGGCACCGGCCUGGAGGACGAGGACAUGCUGAUGGACGGCUCGCUGGCAGGACAGGGAGCUUCAUCUUCAUCAUUGCUGUCAUCGGCAGCAUCUUCCUUUUCUUCCUCUUCCUGCACCAUGGGCUCUGUGUCUAAGAAAGCGAAGAAAGAGACCCCAGCAGAUGUGGGAAGUUGUGGCAGUGAAACCGAAAGCGAGCUUCCGAGUGAGGAUGACACCAAGUAUCCGGAUGACCUGGAGGAGAAGAUGAAAGUGUUCAGCAGUCCAAAGGUGCAGGGUAAAAAGAGCUCUCUGGAGAAGAUCGGUGAGGUGGUGGACAUCAUGAGGAAGAGCAGCUCAGACUCAGGACUGCAGCUGGCCGGCAUCAAGGUCAUCAGUAAGAUUUUGGAGGAGGAGGGACCUCAGGAGAGAAGCACCCUCAGAUCAGACUCUGCACAAAGCGUCCGUGAAAAAGUGUUGAAGAUGCUGGUGGAGAUGAUUGGCAGUCAGCCCAAGCAGAACGCAGUGAUUGCGCUGUUGCUGACACACAGUUUCAUGCUAAAAUAUGAGUGGAGGGUCUCCUUCGCCACAGAAGGCGGUGUUAAAGCUAUCUUGUCCUGCAUGCAGGAGUAUCCUACCUGUAUACAGGUGCAGCAGAUCGCACUGGCGACUCUGAAGGUCAUAACAGGUGCCAGUAAGCAUGACCCCUGCAGUGUAGGUGGCUGUGUGCCCCUGUCCGAGUCUGGCACUCAGAUGAUGCUGGAGAUCUUCGCAAGCAUCGGCUCUGCCACACCAGAGGGCUCCAAAGGUCUCCUGUGUGCCAUACCGUCUGCCAUUGAACUCAUGCUCAACACAACAGGCUGUGGAUUGUCUGUGCUAAAUGGGCUGCUGGUCAUCAUCAUGCUGAUCUCUAGCCACAAAACCCUGGCGGAGCAGCUGGUCGCCUGCAAUGUUAGUGCCACGCUGAAGAAGUGCCUUUCUGCGCCGAAUCAUCACAGCAUGCUGGCCAUCAUCGCCCUCAACCACAUCUCUAUGGUCCACAAAUUGGAGAAAAAAGAGUCUAAAGACGAUCAUGACUUUAAAGACACAGAACUAAAGAUGCUGGUGGUGAGUCUGAAGGAAAUGUCAGCCACUAAAGAGGUCAUACUGACUCUGGAACAGUUGCUCUGCGACGACACCUCCCAGCUGGAGAAAGAGAGAAAUGAAGUGACCCACAGUAGAGAUACCUUUCAAGACCUCAUUCGACUCAUUGACCAGCACAGAGUGGACCGUGCUGUACAGCUCUCUAUCCUUAGGAUUUUGAACAAGUUUCUGGAUAACUACAAGGAGGAUCUGCUGCCGUGGCAUGAGAGCAUCGAGCCGUGUCUGUCAUCUAUGACGGCCUUUAUCAGCGACAGAGAUGUCGUACAGCAGUUCAUAUGCUUCCUGCACCGACUCGCGUCUCUGAACAAAGACUACGCUGUUGUGAUGUGCCGUCUUGGCACCAAAGAUGCCCUUCUGAAAGCCAUGGACAAACACAGCACCAACCUGCUCAAGGUCACAGAGCUGCGAGACCUGAUCAAUGAUUGUGAGAAAUACGCCAGUCUCUACAAGAAAAUGACCACCAGUGUGCUGGCAGGAUGCAUACAGAUGGUUCUUGGUCAGAUUGAAGAGCACCGACGCAGCCAUCAGCCUAUUAACAUUCCCUUCUUUGAUGUGUUCCUGAGGAACCUGUGCCAAGGCUCCAGUGUUGAACUAAAGGAGGAUAAAUGCUGGGAGAAGGUGGAGGUCUCCUCCAAUCACCAUCGAGCCAACAAGCUGACAGACAAAAACCCCAAAACCUACUGGGAAUCCAACGGCUGCACAGGCUCUCAUUUCAUCAACCUUUACAUGCACAAGGGUGUCAUCAUCAGGCAGAUGACGGUGUUGGUGGCCAGCGAGGAUUCCAGCUAUAUGCCGGCUCGUAUUGUUGUUCUGGGAGGAGAUGAUCCCACAAAUAUCAAUACUGAACUCAACACUGUGAAUGUGCCACCCUCAGCCAGUCAUGUGGUUCUGCUGGAGAACAUGACCCGCUUCUGGCCCAUCAUUCAGAUCCGAAUCAAAAGAUGUCAACAGGGUGGCAUUGAUACGAGAGUGCACGGGUUUGAGGUUCUUGGGCCAAAGCCCACGUUCUGGCCAGUGUUUAAAGAGCAACUGUGUUGCCGCACGUAUCUCUUCUAUACUACAAAAGCUCACACCUGGUGCCAAGAGAUCCUGGAGGAAAAGAAUCAGCUGCUGCAGCUUUUUAACAAGUUAAACAGUGCCCUAAGACACGAGCAGAUGUUUGCUGAUCGUUUUCUGCCUGAUGCUGAGGCGUCAGAGGCCUUAGGUCGGACCUGCUGGGAAGCCCUCAUCACCCCCAUUAUACAGAGCAUCACUAUCUCAGAGACGUCUACUCUGAGCCCUCUGUCUUGGCUGCUCACUGAGUAUUUAGAGAACGCUGAAUCCUCCAGGAAAUGUAAGACCUCAGCCUCCAUCUUUAACUCUCGUGUACGGCGUCUCACUCAUCUGCUCGUACAUGUGGACACCAGUACGGUCGAUACAGAGGAGCUUAAACCUCCCAUUAAAUCCAAAGGUAUCAACAGAAGCAGAGAUUUGAAGAAUGGGAAAGAUGGAAAGAAUAAAGAAACCACUUCAGUAAACUCAUCAUCUUCCUCUUCCAAACCCAAAGUAAAGAAUACUAGCAGCAUCGCUGGCAUUGCUCUCUGCUGGCAAGGUGUCGUUCAGCGACAGGUAAAGAGUUUCUUGGAUUUGACAUGCAGCCUUCCUGAUUUCGGAGAGCGCUACAGGAACAUGUUCUUACGGCUGAAGAAUGCGAUGGAGGAACUGUUCGGGCAGCACACAGCUUUUGUGCUGGCGCUCCGCCAGGGCUUUUCUGCUGCCCUGCUUCAGCUCUCCAUCCUCACCGCUAUGCAUGUAAGUGAACGGUUUGCACAGUACAUAGACAAGAUGAUCCAGGAGAGUGGAGUGGACUCUAACGUGGACACAUUGAGCCAGCUGCAGCAGUUCCUGGAGCCCAUGCUCUUCCUGUCGGGUCUGGAGCUCGCCAACACCUUUGAGCACUUUUACAGGUAUUAUCUGGGUGAUCGUCUUUUGGGUCAGGGAAGGGUGUGGCUUGAGAGCGCUGUGGUGGAGCAGAUCGGGACCUGCUUCCCAAACCGAUUUCCCCAGCAGAUGCUCAGCAGCCUCAAUGGGUCGGAGGAGCUUCAGCAGGAGUUUCAUCUGUAUCGUCUACAGCAGCUGGACAAAAAUCUAGAGAACUUUGAGGAGAUGAUGGAUGAGGAUGUGUCUGAGCCUGAAGAAGAGAGUGAUGUGAAAGUGUUGGUCUUAUCUCCACGUUGCUGGGCUGUGUCAGCUCCUUGCUACAUGGAGGAUCCUAGCAAACACUUCCCCUCUCAACUCUGCAGAUACCUGGCUGGGUUUACUGAGUUCUACACUAACAGUCAGUGCAUGUAUAGCCUCAGUCACAGUAAGCCCAGGAGGCUGCAGUGGACCUGGCUCGGCCAUGCAGAGCUUCACUACGGCUCCUGUACGCUCUACGUCUCCACGCUGCAGAUGUACAUCCUGCUACAAUUCAACCAACAGGAGGAUGUUAGUGUGGAGGCUCUACAGCAGACCACCGGUCUCUCUCCAGCCAUGCUGACUCACGCUCUCAAACCUCUUACUGUGGAGAAGGGUGUUCUCAUUCAAUCCGGCUGUAGCCAGGACCCCAUGAAGGGGGUCCUGAAACUGAACAAGAGGUCCCUGUCGCAGAGUUCAGACAGACGCGUUCACCAUUUCCUGCUUCCUAAGCAGACAUACCUUAAUGUGGAUGAAGAUGCUGCUAUCACGCUGGAGAGGAAGAGGAACUACGUCUACUGUGUCAUUGUCCAAAUCAUGAAGAAUGAGAAGGAGAUGCAUAUUGAUAAUUUGGUGUUUAAGGUGUUGGACAGAUGUCAGAAACAGGAGUCGAUUCGUGGUGCUGCCUCGCUCCGUUUCAGCUGCAGCACGACCGAUGUACUUUCCUGCAUCAUGCACGUCAUUAAUAAAGGGUACCUGCGCCGCAACGAAGAGAGCCCACACAUCGUAGAGUUUUUAAUGGAAGACCCCACCACACCCCGCAAGGGCCAGGCGCAGUUCUCCUUUAAGAUAGACGUGAAGAAGAGCUCCGCGGGAGGCAGCGACAAGGCAGACACCAGCCUGGGAGGUCUUAUAGUUCCCCCGCAGAAUAUGGAGGACGGCGUGCUGGAGGCUGUGCUUUUCUCCAUGGGUCGCACGAUGACUCAGGAAGAGGUUAAGCAACUGAUGCAGCGCACCGUACAGCAGGUUGCAGGAACUCUGAGUUUGGAUUUGGACCGGGCAGAGCACCUGCUCAUACACUGCAAGUGGAACGUGGACACGUUGAUCCAACGCUACACGGACGACCCAGACUCUCUGGUCCUGGCCGCAGGGCUUAAGAUCAAAAACCCCCAGCCGGAGCCCGGUCCUGUUACCCAGUGUCCUGUGUGCCUGUCCCCGUCCAAAGAGAGUGACCCACCACCCAUGCUCUGUUGUAUGCAUUACUGCUGCAGGUCCUGCUGGCAGGAGUACCUCACCGCUCGUAUCGAACAAAACCUGGUGAUGAACUGUGACUGUCCUAUUCAGACAGACUGUCGGGCACAGCCCACAUCCAAGUUCUUUCACAACAUUCUCACUGAUAAGGACACCAUUGCCAAAUAUGACAACGCCCUUUUGCGAGGCUUUGUGGAGUGCUGCUCCAACCUGACUUGGUGUACCAACCCUCAGGGCUGUGACCAGAUCCUGUGCAAGGAGAACAUUGGCAGCAUGGGCACCUGCUCCAAGUGCUGCUGGUCUUCCUGUUUCAACUGUAACUUCCCAGAGGCUCACUACCCUGCCAGCUGCAGUCACAUGUCUCAGUGGAUGGAUGACGGCGGCUAUUAUGAGGGAAUGAGUAUGGAAGCACAGAGUAAACAUCUGGCCAAACUGAUAUCCAAACGCUGCCCCAGCUGCCAAGCCCAGAUUGAGAAAAACGAGGGUUGCCUACAUAUGACGUGUGCCAAAUGUAACCAUGGGUUUUGCUGGAGAUGUCUAAAGCCAUGGAAGCCAACACAUAAAGAUUACUACAACUGCUCGGCCAUGGUCAGCAAAGCUGCAAGGCAAGAGAAGAAGUUCCAGGACUACAAUGAAAGAUGCACCUUUCAUAACCAAGCCAAGGACUUUGCGAUCAAUCUGGAGAACAAGGUGUUUUCUAUCAAUGAAGCUUUACAGAUGAAGUCUUUGACAUUCGUGAUCGAUGCCUGCAAGAUUCUUGCUCAAGCUCGAAAGGUUUUGGCUUACUCGUGUGUAUACAGCUAUUACAACCAGGAUACUGAGAAGAUGGAUGUGAUGGAGCAACAGACAGAAGCUCUGGACCUACAUACCAAUGCCCUGCAGAUCCUACUGGAAGAGACACUCCUGCAGUGUACAGAUCUUGCCUCCUGUGUGCGACUCCUAAAGCCAGAACAUCUUAACACCGGCUUGGAGCUGAUUCGCAGAAUUCAGGAACGUCUCGUGGCCAUCCUUCAACACUCAACUCAGGACUUCCGUGUUGGUUAUCAGUCCAAGACCGGGUCAGACCAAGACACUGCACAGGCCUCGAAUCUGGCUAAUCACACAGAUGCCAACAAAGAGUCCAAAUCCGACAGGGGCUCGGAGUCGGGAACUUCGGACAACAAUAAUCACGCCGCCGAGGACGUCGGCGAUGAAGCGGAGGAAGAUGAUGAGUAUGAUGAUGAAUACGUGCCAGAAUGGCAUGAAGAUUACGACGAGGACGACAUAGAUGACGACGACUUCUUCUCUGACGAUGAUGAAUCGGAAAACCUAGAGAGGGACUUCAGCCCUUUCGACUAAUCCGUAUUGAAUUAACGAUGCUUACAGAAUGCCUACGAUUUUAAAAGUAGACACUACAAGAACCACACCCAUAUUGAGAAUGAAACUAGAAAACCUGUUACAAGAAAUCCAGAGGUCAGACGUUUCACUGUAAUGUGCUCUUUGCUUUGCACUUAGCAGCUCCUACUUUGAGCCCUAGCCUAAAUUUGGUUGUUACACCGCAAACUAUAUUCAUGUUUAUUUGGGUUUAUGCUGCAGUUUCUUUACAUUACAAAAUCAAAACUUUGUUCAAGGCUGAUGAGGAGGAUACUUUACUGAGUUCAAUGAAGGAUCUUAAAUAUUGAUGUUAUAUUGUAGAGGAAAAAUAUUUUUGGAAACUGUUCAUAGUUUUGUUAACAAUUUGUUUUUGUUGAAAAAAUUGAAAGGGAUGCAUAAACCUUUACAGUAAAUGUUUUAUUUAAUUUGAUCUAAGAAAUGGUGGAUUGUUUAAAUUAAAAAUACCAGAAGCGAAGGCCUUUAUUCCAUUUUAAAUUCCUUUAAAUGCCUUUAUAUACCACAUUUGAGUUUCAUUUCUAUGAUUGUAAGUAUUUCAAAUGAGAAAUGUUUGCAAAGGUUUGAAGAAAGAGAAGUCGUCAGUAUCUGUGUUUAAGGGCUGCACAACAAGUGAUAGACAAGUCUCUUGUCAGACGGCAGUCUAUGAUGAGCAGGUGCUUUAUAUUUAACCUGGUUGUGAUGGGCACAGGACCCCACAAACACACAUUUAACUUUAGCCUGCCUCAUUCAGAUGUAAUGGCAAUAAAUAUUUAAAAGUAUUGUAGCUAGUUGCUUUAUUUGCUAAGCAAAACACCUUAAUCGCUUCGUUUAUUUCUUUAAAAAAAAAGUUUUUAGUCUUUUUUUGACAUGUUUCUGUUCAAUUGUAUAGAUACGGAGAUAUAAAAUAUCUUCCCAAGUCCAGUUUUGAAUUGAGAUAAACUUAUAUAUUCAUAUAUUGUCCAUCUUCUGAAAUGUUUCUCUGUUCAACUUGAUGGAGUUCCUUUACUUCAGCUCACAAAAUAAAUGCUUUUCUUCAAUCUGA